CGCUGGCGGCGGCCGCGAUGCACCCGAAGCUGCUGAAGAACGCGCACUACAUCGAGCUGGGCAGCUACCAGUACUGGCCCGUGCUGGUGCCUCGCGGCAUCCGCCUCUACACCUACGAGCAGAUCCCCGUGUCGCUCAAGGACAACCCCUACAUCACGGACGGCUACCGGGCCUACCUGCCCUCGCGCCUCUGCCUCAAGAGCUUGUUCAUCUUAUCCAAUGAGACGGUGAACAUCUGGAGUCAUUUGCUGGGCUUCUUCCUCUUCUUCACACUGGGUAUAUAUGACAUGACUUCUGUGUUACCUUCAGCAAGGGCUUCUAGAGAAGAUUUUGUCAUCUGUUCUAUUUGUCUUUUCUGCUUUCAGGUCUGCAUGCUUUGUUCUGUAGGCUAUCACCUUUUCUCUUGUCAUCGUUCAGAAAAAACCUGUCGGCGAUGGAUGGCAUUAGAUUAUGCGGGCAUUUCUGUUGGCAUACUGGGUUGCUAUGUGUCAGGAGUAUUUUAUGCAUUUUAUUGUAAUAACUACUGGCGUCAGGUCUAUCUGAUUAUGGUGCUUGCUAUGAUCCUCACCGUCUUCUUUGCUCAGAUUCACCCCAAUUACCUCACUCAACAGUGGCACAGACUUCGUUCCAUUAUCUUUUGUUCAGUGUCUGGGUAUGGAGUGAUUCCCACUAUCCACUGGGUCUGGCUCAAUGGCGGUGUUGGUGCACCUAUUGUACAGGAGUUUGCACCUCGUGUGAUUGUGAUGUAUGUGAUUGCUCUUGUUGCUUUCCUCUUCUAUAUUUCCAAAGUUCCAGAAAGAUACUUUCCAGGACAGCUAAACUACCUCGGGUCGAGCCACCAAAUAUGGCACAUUCUUGCAGUGAUCAUGUUGUACUGGUGGCAUCAGUCCACAGUAACUGUCAUGCAGUACAGACACAGCAAGCCUUGUCCUGACUAUAUUCCACAUUUGUGAAUGCAGGAAAACGGAAACAGAGGGAGCCCAUCCACUGAAGGAAGGCUGAGAAACGGGUAGACGACUGUGAUGGAAUGGUACUGCACCCGAAACAGCAGCAAAUGAAGAAUUCAGGAAAAUACAUCAAGACUUACACAAACUGAUGCAGACCAAAAGAAGGGAGUCUGUGCAACAGCUAAAAUAACGAUCACAUAGGAAAGCUGUGCACACUAAAAUAACACAAUCAAAAACAAUAAAACGCUGAACUCAGAUUAACUGCAAAGGGCAAGGUGGUCCUAGAGAAAAGUUGAUGAAACCCACUCUUCACUGGCUGAAGAGCUCCCAGUACACAAUCGUGCAGAUGCUGCCAGACGUUACUGCCUGGUCAACUGGAUUCUGCUGAGCAACGAAAAAGGAUUCAACAGAGGUCGGGGACAUAUACAGAAAAUUAUCAUGAUGUUAAAAAACAAAAGGCAAAAAUAAAGUUUUAAAUUUAAAAGAUAUACAUAAUCAGCCAACAAGCAUU